AUGUUCCCCGUUGGCGAUUUCAACUUCGUUGUUGCUGGGAUUGCGACAUUCGCCGCAACAGUGGGCUACGCCUGCACCCGCAAGAUGAGCGGCAGCUUAUCCGGACCCGCUGCUCAGAUCGUGCGUGAGGAGCUCGCGAGGGAGGCUGUCUCCCAGGAAAAGGUGUCCAAUUUGCAGGAUGCUAUUGAGACCCAGACGAAUGCGGACUCGGAAAUGACCUCGAUCCAAGCUCCCUCGACACUGGAAGACACUCCGAUUAUUCCCAUCUUUCCAGCGCCCACCCGGAAGGGGAGCCUGAAGCGCAAAAUUCCGCACGACGGAUUUGAUGAACCCGAGAAGGACGUGGACAAGCUCGGUUACCCCUAUAACCUCUUCAACAUCUACCCCAACAAGAGGAGCAGGACUCCCACUGCGGAAUCCGAAGCCACGACACCUGCCCUCACGCCCGCUACCACGUUGGAUUCGAUCACCUCCCAAGAGUCCUCCGCCGCAGAUGUGCAAAUCCCCAUGAUUUCUCGAGAUCCCGAGCCUAUAAUCGCGACUCCGGCCCCAGAGCCUCCUCGAACGCCGUCUCCAGCACCAGAACCUGAGCAAGCUGCCCCACCGCGUCUUCCCUCUCCUUCCCCGGUAGCGGCACCUGCACCCGCAGCAGCACCUGAACUCGCACCUACGCGGGCACACACCCCUGAGCCAGUCGCUGCUCUUCCCGUGACUCCAGCUCCAGCACCUCCGGCCAACCCUUUCGCCGCGUUUGCCUCGCGCAGUCCCUUGCCGUCGACUCCGAAGCCCAAGCCCAAGCCCUUCACGAGCACAUCUACCGGCGGCUUCGCAGCAUUCGCAGGUUCCGCGUCGUCCUUCGCUUCCGUCAAGAACCCGAACACACUCACCCAAUCCCUGUCCCAAUCUCGGACUCUUGGAGGAAAGCCCGGGCGCUCUAUCUGGAGCUCAUCCCCCGGCGACCUCAAGACGCACCAAAACGACGACGAGGCUGCGGAAGACCUCGUAAAGGAUGAGAAGAACAAGAAAGAGGAAAGCCACGCCCUCGAGGAGGCGAAGGGGCUCGUGUCGCCACCGAGCACGAAGUACACUCAUGUUACUGGAGAGGAAGACGAAGAUGUCGAACUGGAGCUCAAGGGCGUGCGGCUCUUCACGAAGCGUGGAUCGAAGCCAUUCGCCGAAGGCGUGGCUGGCCACAUCAAGCUCUUGUCAGACCGGAAGACGUCGGAGCAGAGACUACUCUUCCGCCGCGAACCCCUCUGGAAGGUCUCGAUGAACGUCCGGGUGCAGCCUACGGUGCGGUGCACAUAUGUACCCGAGGAGAACGUUGUCCGGAUCAUUCUAAAAGAGACCGUGGAUUCUCCGUCUGGUGAGACCAAGGACGGGGAGACGAAGCAGGAACUCGUCAUCUACGCUCUAAAGCCCGGAAGGUCGUGCUCGAAGCAGGACUUCAAAGACUUCGCAGAGACGCUCUCGAAGAGCGCACAUUUCAAACCCACGCGCACGCGCACACCAUAG